GAACGGUCUCCGACUAAAGUCAUGUCUAUUUGAUUUUGUUUUGUGGCCAAACGUGCAGAAGACGUCCUUUUAUCCUGAAAAUAAGUGAAAAAAACACUGCCACAACAAUGCACUUGUCGUUAGUUUGCCUCACCAAGCCUGUACUUCAUGGUUACUUCAGAAGUUCCUGCUCCUGGAGGGUUCGUAUUGCGUUUGCUCUUAAAGGCAUUGAAUAUGACCAGGCUCCAGUCAAUCUGAUCAAAGAUGGAGGUCAGCAGCUCACAGAACCAUACAGAACGUUAAACCCCAUGCAGCAGGUGCCUGCAGUGGAGAUCGACGGCUUCACCCUCUGUCAGUCACUGGCAGUGGUCCAGUACAUCGAUGAGACCAGACCGGGACCUCGUCUUCUCCCCGCAGACCCAAAGGCACGCGCUCAGGUUCGGAUGAUAAGUGACGUCAUUGCUGCAGGGAUACAGCCUGUGCAGAAUUUGUACGUGCUUCAGAAAAUCGGAGCAGAGAAGAUGGAGUGGGCUCAGCACUUCAUUGAUCGUGGUUUUCAAGCUCUAGAGCCAAUGCUGAAGCAAACAUCAGGGAAAUACUGCGUUGGCGAUGAGAUUUCCAUGGCAGACAUCUGUCUGGUCCCACAAGUCUACAAUGCAGAGAGGUUUAAAGUGGAUGUUGGAAAGUAUCCAACUAUCAAAAGGCUGAAUGAGAAGUUGCUUGAGAUUGAAGCUUUCAAAGUGAGUCACCCAUCUCGCCAACCAGAUACACCCGCUGAUCUUCGUGCAUGAACAUGUCAGCUUCAGACAUGUACAGUGUUGAAUAAAGUGCUUUGAAAGUUA